AUGGCUAAUAAAACACAACAACGAGGUGGCGUUGGCGUUGGCGUUGGUGAUGGUAAAAAUAAUAACAUAACUUCACACACUGCAUUUAUUGUCACUCUUCCGACCAAAACACCAAAUGAAAGUGCUGCUGGCCUCACUACACAUCCUGAAAUACAUCAAAAAUUUACUACAUUCAACAACACCAACAUCGUCACCGAUAACAAUAAUAACACAGAUCAAAGCCGUAACUUUUCACAUGUACUAUCAGAAAUAAUAUCCACUCUCGAUCCCGCAACCCACAACAAAAUCCUGCAACAGACAAAACUCUCGAUCGAAGAACUGAUCAAACCUAAGGGAAAAUUCAGAAACGGGGUUCCACCACGUCCACAGAAUCCUUGGGUGAUCUAUCGUAAAGAUCUCCAGGCGAAAUUGGUUGCUGAGCAGGGUGCUGAAAUUGAGUUUGGAGCUCGGGUUGGAUCAAUUUCGAGGAUGGCCUCGGAGAAAUGGAAUGUUGAACCGCAAGAGGUUAAACAAGUUUAUGAAAUUAUUGCGGAAGUGGCUAAACGUGUUCACGAACAAAUGUUUCCGAACUACAAAUACAAACCAAGGAGAAAGGGAAAUAAUUCGGGAUUUUCGCGACGAAGUUCAAGUGCUUCCGAUAAUAGUCUGGAAGGAUCCAAGAAAAAUUUGGGUGAUUUUACGACAAAUACAUCCACAUUUCAAAUUGAACGACCUACUCGGCGAAAAUCAAGUGCUUCUGAUACAAAUAAUCCACUUUGGACAAUUUCCAGUCCGAUACCGUCACCUUCCAUCACCGCCACAUCAAGUACUGAUUCAAUUCAACAGCCGCCACCUCCAACGCCUCACUCUGCAGGAGGAGCACAAAGUAUCAUUCCAUCGUGGACAUUAUUUGAUACAGGUCGUAGCUCGCCAAAUAUUUUCACUGAUGGAAAUUCACCAAACCAUAACAAUAAUCAAGUAUUAAAUCAUCAGAAUCAAUCAUCAUUGCCUUUGAUGUCAGCAUCACAUCAUCAGUCAAACAACAUUAAUAGUUUCAACAGCAUAAACGGUCAUAAUAAUAUUAUUAUUACGGAAUCAACAACAGGAUCAUUUAUACCUUCUGAUUUUGAUAUUCAAGGUCCAUUCCAACAUAUAACUAAUCAGCUGUUAGAAAUGUCUCCGUCGAUUACUUAUACAGUUGCAUAUGAUCAAAGUCUAACGCGACUGUUUGGAACACCUUGA